AUGCCUCUCCUCUUAAGCCGCUUCUUCCUCGGAAGCAGGCAGCACGGUGCCGCGCCCAAAGCAGCCCGUGCGCCCCGCUCCGCCCCGACCAUACGCGCAAUUGCUAUGACAACAUCGACGGGGCGCCCUGUUGCCAUGCUGAGGGUGUCAUUGCGGAGUGAGAAGAAGGUGCCUCCACCGAGGCCAGCGCCACCGCAGGCGGCAUCCACUGCCGCAAAGGCAACACCAGCCACAACAGCGGACCAGCAGCAACAACACGAGGAAGAGGAGGAGGACUUCUCCGACAUUGAGAGCCUGGGUGUGCUCAGCACAGCGGGUGUCGAUCGACAGAGCCGACCCGUGUUUGUUUUCUACGCGUGUAAGCUUCCCCCACGCGCAGACAACCUCCACGACAAGAUGCUCAGAUACAUGGUCAAGACAAUGGACGCGAUUGUGGAGAAUGACUACUCCAUCAUCUACUUCCACCACGGCCUCUCCCGCGAUGUCAGUGGGAACCUGCGAGGGUGUGGGUACAGGGUUGGGUGGACGACAGUUGUGGUGUCGACAAAACCCUCCCUCAACUGGCUGCGAAAAGUCUACUUCAGCUUCGAUCGCAAGUACAAGAAGAACCUCAAGGCGCUCUACGUUGUGCAUGCGACCAUGUUUGUGCGGACUGUCAUGACCAUUCUUCGCCCCUUUAUCAGCAAGAAGUUUGGCCGCAAGAUCACAUUUAUCCACGAGCUGUCUGCGCUCGAGAGCCAUGUCCACAUCGACCAGCUCCACAUCCCCGACGUUGUCAAGGAGCACGAUGAGAAGCAGCGUCGAAGCAAACGCACUCGCACCGUCUCCGGCGCACAAACAGCCGGUAGCACUGGGCCGCGCGUGUUUGGGGAAUCGCUUGAUUGCAUCACGGCCAUGGACGAGGACUCCGGUCUUCCCGCCGUCAUCGCCGCAGCCAUCAACCACCUCAGGCUUCACGGGAUGGACGUUGAGGGCAUUUUCCGCCGGUCUGCCAACGCCAAUACCAUCAAGGAGCUCAAGCAGCAGGCAAACGAAGGUGCGGCCAUUGACUUUUCGGCGCACGCGGACAUCCACAUCCCAGCGGUUAUUGUCAAGACGUUUCUGCGCGAUUUGCCGGAGCCGCUCCUCACACACGACAAGUUCGCACAGGUCCUCGCCAUCUCAGGCAUGGAAGAUUCUGCGGAGAAACUACAGCAAACAAAGGACAUCUUCCACACGCUGCCGCCACGCAACCUGGCGCUUGCACGGUGCCUGUUUCUGUUCUUCAAGGACAUUGCUGAGCGCAGCGAGGAGAACAAGAUGACCGCCUCCAACUUGGCCAUCGUCAUUGGCCCAAAUCUCCUCUGGUCCCGCGACAUGGCUGCUAACCUCGCAACCAUGGGCCAGAUCAACGUGUUUACGCAGUAUGCCAUCGAGAACGCGCGCCGCAUCUUCCCGGACGACGCAAGCGCGGACGAAGCAACAGCAGACGCUCCAUCAUCGUGA